AUGCCAGUAGACACCUUCGAACCACUGGAAGAAGCCCUGGAACCGUUUUUGGUUGCACUCAACAAUCGCUGCAUCGGACCUGGCGACUACGCAGCAGAACUUGCUAUCAACUACACGCUCAAUCGGCAACAGAUUCUGGCAGUGGCGCCCAUUGCGUGGGUCAUGGAGCAAAUGUGGCUGAAUCGUUCCAACUUAGACUCCAUGAUGGCCGAUGGAGCUGCAACUGAAAGCUGCAGCUGUUUAUGGCUGGGCGCUGGAGGCUCCGGCAAGACGUACGCAUAUGCCAAGGUGCUGCGUCCAAUGUUCCGCCGAUACUUCGGCGAUGCUGGCUACAUUGUGGGGGCUCCAACACAUGCCGCUGUUCGUCUUCUUGGCCCCGAAGCAAAGACCUUGCACAAAUGGGCAAAUGUGAGCCCAAACAGUGGCCUCAAUCGACGCUCACUGCGGUCAGCCAAGAGCAAGGGCGACCCGAUUGAGAAGAAGAUCAUCGAGGUCAUGGCCGUGCUCUUGGACGAACUGUCAAUGAACCCUCCUGAUGUGUAUCACGCGGCAGGAUUUCGGUUUUCUUUGCUACGGCAGGAACGGAUGAUGUUGGACAUGGGAUGCUACUUGGAUCAGUGGUUCGGCAAGGUGCCAAUUGGCGUGCAGCUGGGCGAUUUUCUGCAGCUGCGCCCAACCGCACAGCGCUCGCUGUGCGAGUGGCACACCGCCCAACGUGCCACUGACAGCAUGGCUGCAGCUGCCAGCGAUGACGAAGACCUUGGAGACGACGAAGCAGCGCAGCAGACCAGCAAUGCAGCUGAGCUUGGCUGGAUGCUGUUCAAGAAUUCCUUGCAGCGAGUGGUGCACUUCACAGGGUCGGGGAGGUUCUCUACUUGCUCGCCUGGGCAGCAGCUUGUGGAAGUUCUGUUGGCAAUGCGAGAAGGCAAGAAGAUGCCGGAUGCUUUGUGGGCAGCGUUGGAAGCGAGAUCCUAUAGCACAGUGCAGCUGCAAGCGGACGAACUGCGGGGACGUUUGUUGGAUGCCCACUGGGGCGGUCUUGCUUGGGAGCAAGUGGCUCGUCUACAGCAUGUUCGCGUUGGUCUGGAAGCGAAGGAAAUGAAGAAAACUGUUUGCCUCGUGCAAGCCAUCGAUCGAGCUACAGGCAUGGCUGCGCGCAUCAGUUGCAUUUUGGAUAUGCCACUUUUGAACCGGGAGCUGCCGGUCAUUGUGCGGUCUGUCAAGCUACAUCCCAAAGAGCCAGCAAUUGAGGAUGACUGCGGCUGUGUCGUUUUGAGGUAUCAGCCAGUGGCAGUUUUGGUGGAGAUUGAUGAUCCCAAUUACAAGAACAUUCAGCUGCCUGGCAACUUGGCGCCGCGGGGUCACGUUUUGCUUCGUGCAGUUGCCUCAGACAAGGCUUGGAGUGGUCCUAAGCAACACAUCCCAGUGAUUCGCAAGCAGAUUCCCUUGGCUCCUCGUUGUGUCUUGACACAUUAUGGCUUGCAGGGCAUCACGGCUAAGAACGGACUGGUCGCGUUCUUGUCUAAGCCGUCCUGGAUGAAGGAUCCCGACUAUGCUCUGGCGAUUUAUGUCAUGUUGUCGAAACCAAGAAAGCUGGAUGAUCUGUGGAUCAUUGAUCUGCCUCCGCGGCACAUGUUCGAGCAGUUUCUCCACGAGCACAAUCCUUUACUGGUGCAAAGGAUGAAAGAGUUCGAGCAGCAAGCGAAGGUGGACGAGAUCAAUGCAUUGGCUUAUUUGUCCAAUUUGCAAUGGCAACAUAGGGACGAGAUUCGCCAAAUGCUUGCGCAGGACGACCUGCGAGAAAUGACAUAG